AUGGCUACUAAAACCCUUACAAUUCUACUUCUGCUCAGCAUUAGUAUUUGCCUCUCUUUAGGGAGGUCUUUGAAGGAGACUGGCGGGUCAAAAUCGGCUCUUUGUUACCCCCCACCAUCAGGCAAUAAUGGUCUAGGGGUAGGUGAUGGUGGAGGAAACAGCAGUGGUGUCAAUAAUGGCUUCGGUGAUGGUAGCAGUGGUGGUGGAGGAGGAGUUGAUGGAGGCAAUGGCAGCGAUGGCAGCAGUGGAGUAGUUGGUGGAGGUGAUGGAAACGGUAGUGGCGAUAGUGGUAGCGGAGUUGGUGGUGAUGGUAGUAGUGGAGGAAAUGGUGGAUACGGUGGUGGCAACGGUGGUGGAGGCAAUGGUGCAAAUGGAGGAGCUGAUGACAAUGGCGGCAGAGGCAAUGGUACAACUGGAGGAGCUGAUGGUGGUGCCAAUAGUGGAAGUGGAGUUGGCGGCGAUGGUUGUGAUGAAGGAGGUGUUGGAGGAGGUGAUGACAACAAUAGCGGUAGCGGAGAUGUUGGCAAUGGAGGAGUUGGGGGAGGCAGCAGAGGUAUUGGUGGAGGAGAAGCUGGUGCGCCCAUUACGGGUGGAAGCGACGGCGGAGAAGUUGGUGGGCCCAUUGCGGGCGGAAGCGGCGGCAGAGCAGAUGGUGGAACUGGAGGUGAUGGUAGUGGCAAUGGUGGAGGCUAUAGAAACAAUGGUGGUGAUGGUGGUGGCGUUGAUGGUGCUGGUGUUAUUUUGGCCCCCAAUUAA